AUGAAGGACUUGUGGGAUAUAUUUAUCCAAGCAGAAAAGAGAUCAAAGGAGCUGGAAGUGGAGUUGGCAACAUACAUAGAGAAAUUAGAUAAUGAAGAAUGUGUGACUGCCACCAUGACAGUGGAAUCUACAAUUCAGCUUAAUGAAAUACAAAAUCUGAAAAGGAGGAUUGCAGAAUUGGAAGGCAAGGAAACUCGUAUUGACAUGGAGAAGAUUGCCAAGAAAAAGGAGAUUCAAGGAAAGUACAAGGCAGAAAUUGAAAGCUUGUUGUCAGACCCAACAAUCUUUGAAAUGGAGAUGGAUCUGCCUACAAAACAACCAACACAACCAUUAACACAAGAGGCAUCUCAGCCCGAUGCCACAAAUCCAAUUCCCGAUCCCCCAAAAGGAACGAGCCUUCAUGAUUCAAUUCCUAUAGGUCUGGAACAAUCAAGUGAUGAAGAUGAAGGACAAAAAAAGCCAACAAAGAAAAAACUUGGAUGGGGUCAGAGGAAGGUGUGGCAGAAAAUUCCAAAGGCGGAUAGGGAAAGAAUUGAAAAACACUACUUAAGUACUCAACCUCGUGAUAUCUUUUGGGCAGGACUCAAUAGUGAGAAAGUGACAAACCAUGAUCUCAAAGAUAUUGUAUGGGACCUGGAACUGUCACAAAACGUUAUUGAGGCCUAUAUCCAAAUAGAGGAGGAUAAAAUAGACCCCAUGCAGACAGGGAGUCCACAGUACAUGUCCACAUGGACUUGGGCUUACAUGCAAAGCUUCCAAGAGCCAUUUUGGCACAGGGCCCUGUAUGAACACUUACUUGAAAAACUCGGGAAAUGCAGUGUUCUUUUCUUCCCGAUUAUUUCAAAAGAAGAGUUCCACUUCACACUUCUCACAUUUCACAAAAAUGAACGAAAGUGGAGACACUACAAUCCACUUAGAUCGUUGGGACAUAGAAAAGAAGAAAGGUGCAUUGACAUUGCUCGAAACUUUGUUAAUAUUGUUGAAGGGUGGCUAGAAUAUAUAAGACCUCAAGCACGAGUGUUCAUAGAAACUAAAAAAAAACCAACAAUUGUGAAGCAAAAGGAAGGGCCCCCGACACUUGUACAAAAAGAUUUGACUCCAACUGAAGAACUCACUCUCAAUUGGAUUAUGCAAAAUCCAUUGCAGUUUCCAUUUGAGGAUGACAUGGAAUGUGCUCAACAAACUGUAUCUUCAUUGGAUUGCGGCAUGUUCGUCAUGUUCUAUAUGGAUAAAAUAGCACAAGGACAGCCCAUUCCAAAAAGCGUGGACAAGAAAUUCAUGAAUGAAUAUCGAGCACAAUAUGUCACAAAACUCCUACACCACAAAAACUGUGUAAUUAAUCGUCUCUAGUGAUUUGCCUUUCGUUAACUCAAGGCAAUAUGUAUCUUAAUUCUUGUGGAUGUUUGUAAAUAUUUCUAGUUAUGGUAUAUGAGAACAUAUUUC